AAAGCAAUUAUCUCAGGACGAAUAACAGACGCCCCACCCCCAAGUUCCCAGUUUCAAGAAAACUGCUGCUUGCUGCUCCCUACUGAUUAUUACUUAGUUGUUACUGCUACUUCUUCAGCAUGCAGAGGUCAACCAAGAGGCUCAAACAAGAGGGAAUCCCUUUGACCAGCUCCCAUGCCACCUCCAUCCUCCCGCCGCCACUGCCUCCUCCUCCUCCUCCUCCUCCGCGUAUGAUCACCAGCGAGCAAGAAGUCUCCGUCAUGGUGGCCGCUCUGAAGAAUGUCAUUGCUGGCGCCUCCACUGUCACCACCACCACCCCUUAUGCAGACGCAAAUACACUCCACGACUUUAGACUCUUUCCGCCAUCGUUAUUCGAAUGCGCCACAGCCUCCUCCUCCUCCUCCUCCUCCUCUGCUUUUUUCAAUGCAAAUAAUCUAGUCGUGCCUGCUGCUGCAGUCCAGACUUGUCAGUUGUGCGGAUACGAAGGCUGCUUGGGAUGCAACUACUUCUCGCCCUCAGCCGCCCCAGUCGAGGAUAAUAACAAGAAAAAUGGGGUCAAGAGAAAGAAGAAGAACUACAGAGGAGUGAGACAGAGGCCGUGGGGGAAAUGGGCUGCAGAGAUAAGGGAUCCUCGCAAGGCAGCUCGGGUUUGGCUUGGAACUUUUGAGACUGCCGAGGAUGCUGCCCGGGCUUAUGACCGCGCGGCCAUUGAGUUCAGGGGUCCCAGAGCAAAGCUGAAUUUCCCAUUCUCCGAUUAUACGUUGGACGGCCACCAGAGUUCGAGCUCACCCCAACAGGUUCCAGAACGCGAUCAACAUCAUCAUCAUCAUCUGCCUCACAAGCAAUUGCAGCCAGAAAUUAAAGCUAAAAAUGAGAUUGUUGAUACUUCUGGGAUGGAGCUUGGGACCAGCAACGGUAUGGAAUUCUGGGAAGCGAUCGGAGAAGAAGAGAUUCAACAAUGGAUGAUGAUGAUGGAUUUCCAGGGCCAUUCUUCAUCAUCUGGGAGUGGAAACGUUCAUAGCGCUUAAACUUACAAAUUUUCAAAUAAGAUGAAGUCGCGGCCUUUGAUCGAUCAAUCACUCUUGCGGAUGCCCAUAUAAUUUUUACUACUUUUGGGUUUCUGUUGGACGGAGAGGGACACCCCAAAAAAAAAAAAAAAAAAAA